AUGGCUUCUGUUUGGAAUUGGAAUACUGAAAUCGAUGAUGAAGACCAGAUGGAUAACUACAUACAAGUUAAUACAAUAUAUAACAUGCCAAUGGGCAAUGAACUCUCAUUUUUGAUUUUAGUAUUGGAAAAUGAUGGUGAAUUUGGUAUAAAUGCUGCUGAUGAGAAACAUAAUGAAACCACAGAUUCAAUAUUGGAAAACGAUGGUGAAUUUUAUAUAGAUGCUACUGAUGAACAACAUAAUGAAACCACAGAUUCAAGUUCAUGGUCAUCAAUUGCUACCAAGUUAUUAAUAUCUCUAAGAGGAGCUUGCAAUGAAAAAUUCGAUAAGAUAAAAAAAAAGGGAAAGAAAUUUGAGCAGUGGGAUAUGAUUUCAAAAGAAAUGAAAGCUAAAAAUAUUAAUGUUAGCCCUAAGCAAUGCGACGAAAAAUGGCGAAGAUUAUUAACUCGUUUUCGACAAGUGAGGGAUGCGUCUAAAAAGUCUGGGAGUGGUGGAAUAAAAUGGCAGUAUUAUACAUUAAUAGAAAAUGCCAUAUCACCAAUGGCCAGACAAACAAUUUCUCCACCAAAAAAUUUGUUACAUGAAUCGUCAAAAGACAUCAAUAGUUCCAUAGAAACACCAGAGUUAGAAAAUACAAUAUCACCUAUAACUUACCCUUCUUAUACAGCAACACCAAAAUCUUUAUUCAAGCAAAAUCAUCAUGAAAAAAUACCUACUUGGUUUAGCAAAUUUGAAAAAUUGAGAAAUGAUCAACUAGAAGCAACCAACAAUAACGCAAAUCAACUUAACAUCCGUCUUGACAAGUUGGAAAAAAGAGAUGAAAUAAUGUUGAAGACUCAGGCUGAACUUCUAAAAAAAUUGGAUGAUGUAAAUAAAAUUGAACUUCAAAAGAUAGAUCUUUUCAAUAAGAUGUAUGACACCAAUACAUAA